GUACCGUUCAGCUGAACGCUUCCAGUUUUUCAUAUCCCAAGGACUAGUAACUAGCCAGACAAAUCAAAGAUGGACCAGCUCGGAAUCGAUAUCCAAAAGGAGGAGCCUACCAUCCACCAAGAAGUCAAGGAGAAGCAGACCUUGCUCCAGGCAUUGCCUACCGGAGAUGAAGAGUUGUAUACGAGGUUCAAGAAGCUCGAGGCUCAUCGAGAGUUCUUGAACUUGCAAGAGGAAUACAUCCUCUACGAAACCCACAACCUCCGCCGAGAACUCCUCCGUGCCCAAGAAGAAGUCAAACGGAUCAAAUCCGUCCCUCUCGUCAUCGGCCAGUUCCUCGAAGCGAUCGACGGUGUCCGAGGUAUCGUCGGCUCGACGACCGGUUCCAACUAUGUCGUCAGGAUCCUCUCUACGCUCGACAGGGAACUUUUGAAACCCUCCUCUUCGGUAGCUCUGCAUAGGCAUUCGAACGCCUUGGUAGAUAUCUUGCCGCCAGAGGCGGAUAGUAGUAUUACGAUGUUGGGAGUGGAUGAGAAGCCGAAUGUCAAAUACGAGGAUGUUGGGGGUUUGGACAGUCAGAAACAGGAGAUCAGGGAGGCCGUCGAGUUGCCCCUUACGCAGUUCGACCUGUAUCGAAAGAUCGGUAUCGAUCCACCUCGAGGUGUCCUGCUAUACGGUCCUCCCGGAACGGGAAAGACCAUGCUGGUCAAGGCUGUAGCAAACUCGACGACAGCGAGCUUUAUCCGGGUCGUCGGAUCCGAGUUUGUGCAGAAAUACUUGGGAGAGGGACCGCGAAUGGUCAGGGACGUCUUCCGAAUGGCCCGUGAAAACGCGCCCUCGAUCAUCUUUAUCGACGAGGUCGAUGCGAUCGCUACGAAACGUUUCGAUGCGCAGACGGGUGCCGAUCGAGAGGUACAGAGGAUCUUGUUGGAGUUGUUGAACCAGAUGGAUGGGUUCGACCAGGGAAGCAACGUCAAGGUGAUCAUGGCGACCAACCGACAAGACACGCUCGACCCUGCGCUCUUGCGUCCCGGUCGAUUGGACAGGAAGAUCGAGUUCCCCUGGCCAUCGAGGAGGGAGAGGAGGUUGAUCUUCCAGACGGUCACUGGAAAGAUGAACUUGGGCCCGGACGUCGAUCUCGAAGACUAUGUAUCGCGGCCCGAUAGGUUGAGUUCGGCAGAGAUCGCCUCGAUCUGUCAAGCCGCCGGUCUGCAAGCUGUGAGGAAGAACCGAUAUGUGAUCCUGCCUGGCGACUUUGACGAGGCCUGGAAGCAAGUCGUCAAGAAGGGAGACGAUACCCACGAAUUUUGUACGUCCAUCGCCCGACUUUAAACUUUCAAUAUCGGCGGAAACGUCCUGACGAGCAUCCGUUCGACUCUCGAUAGACCGAUAAUCGUACCAACAUCAUACGCGUUGGUAGUGACGGU